AUGGCUCCCCGUCACACCCGUAUUGUCUUCCUACUCCUCCUGGUGGCCAUCCAUGCAGUAGGAGUUCUUUCGGCCGGGGCCUCCAGCUCGAGUGGCAGUGGCAGUGUCUACAUACCAGAAGUAAACAACCAAAUGUUUCUUGCAGCGGAGGAAGAUCAAAUAAAGGCUCUUAGUAGUGGAGAACAUACCUACUUUUCGAAAGGCCGGAGAAAAUUUUCAGACAAUCCUUCCUUUGCUAAUCGAGCUCUCGAGCUUGCUAAGCAGCAUGGGGUCAGGUCUGUUGGUGAAAGUGCCCAGGAACACUACUUUUAUAGCAUCAUCCGACCCAACACCGCUCUGGGCAAGGACAUGGGUUUGAAAGAAAAACUUGGCGAGGACGGGUACGUCAGCGUCCUAUGGGAACACAACAAGAACUGGGAGAAACCCACUAUCAUUGAUGCCUCAGAUGCCUUCUCCAGCAGUAAAGGGCGUGAUCGCAGCUUCAUUUGGAAGUUGGACCGUUUCAAAGAUGUACUGGAGCGUGCUCCUAAAUGA